AUGGGCAAGCGAGGCGGCAGGAAGGGUAACCGUGGUCGCGGUGGUGGCGGACCACGUCCUCAAGGCGACUAUCGCAGCAACAAGCUGGACAUCAGUCGAUACAAUGACAACUUCCAGCACUACUACGACCAGCUCGGCAUAGUUCCAGUUGAUGAGAGAGAUGACUUCUGGAAAGCCAUGCGAAGAGACCUGCCCAAUAGCUUCAGGUUUACCGGAUCCAAGGCACAUGCCUUAGCAGUCCAACAAAAGCUGCGAGACCACUACAUCCCCCAGAUAACCUCAAUCACCUACGAAGGCCAAUAUGUGGACGCACCUCGUCCUGUGGAAUGGUACCCCGACCAGUUGGCCUGGUACAUGACUACCCCGAAGAACGUUAUUCGUCGAUUCAAGCCGUUCGCCUCGUUUCAAAAGUUUCUUGUGACAGAGACCGACGUUGGAAAUAUCACGCGGCAAGAGGUGGUUAGCAUGAUACCGCCAUUGGUCAUGGACCUCAAACCAGGCAUGACGGUGUUGGACCUGUGCGCAGCGCCGGGCAGUAAAUCCGCGCAGCUGCUCGAGAUGAUUCAUGCCGGGGAGGAGGAAAGAUGUCGACAGGUCGCAGCCAAUAUUGCAAAUGGUCUCAAUAGACCGGAGGGCGAAGACUAUCAGGAUGAUGGCCGGGCGACGGGACUUUUGGUCGCCAAUGACGUCGACUACAAAAGAGCUCAUAUGUUGAUCCACCAAAUGAAAAGACUAAGCUCGCCUAAUAUUAUUGUCACGAACCACGAUGCGACCAUUUUCCCUUCGAUCAAGAUUCCAUCACCUCCAACCGCCGAAGGGAAGCCUGUGAACAAUCGCUAUCUCAAGUUCGACCGGAUUCUAGCUGACGUUCCUUGCUCUGGCGACGGCACAGUGAGGAAGAAUAUGGAGAUAUGGAAGUCCUGGACGCCGAGCAACGGACUGGGUCUCCACGCCACGCAAGUGCGUAUUCUAAUCAGAGCCUUGCAGAUGCUCAAGGUCGGUGGUCGGGUUGUCUACUCGACCUGCAGCAUGAACCCAGUCGAAGAUGAAGCCGUCCUUGCAGAAGCGAUCAGUCGGUGCGGAGGCCCGCAGCUCGUCCAGAUCCUUGAAACAACGGACCUGCUUCCAGGGCUAAAACGCUCGCCCGGGCUCAAGCAAUGGAGCGUUAUGGACAAGGCUGGUCGGAUCUGGAACGACUAUGAGUCCGUUCUAGAAGCAAAAUCCAGCACCGAGGGCCUGGAAAAGCUAUCCGAGAGCAUGUUUCCUCCCAAGGAAGAUCUACCUCUUGAUCGAGCCAUGCGUGUUUAUCCACACCAGCAGGACACGGGGGCUUUUUUCAUCGCGAUUUUGGAAAAGAAGUCGGAGAUUAAGGCCAAACCAGAGGAAAAACCUGCCACUGUCACACAGACACUGUUGAAAGCGGAAGCAGUCGAUUCCCCAGGGGCGGAUAUCGAAUCUGAGCCGAUAACAGAUGGAGCAAUGGAGAAGGUCAGUGAGACGGUCAACGGUGACUCUGGAACCACAACAAAACGAAAACGUGAGGACGGUGACGACGAAGACAUUACGCCAAUAAAGCGGGUUAGGAGCCAAGAGAAACUCGUCAAUACCAGUCCUACUUCAACCAUCCAAAAUGGUCCGUCUUCAUCAGCCCCUACGCUACAACCACAACCUCAACAACAACCGCAACAGCAACAUCCAAAAAAGAAAAACCGAGACCAGCCUUUCGAAGAACCAUUUAAAUAUCUCUCUCCCUCUCUUCCCGAACUCGAACAAAUCCGCGCCUUCUACGACCUGUCCCCGCAAUUCCCCGUUGACCGUUACAUGGUCCGAAAUCCCGAAGGCAGACCCACGAAAACUAUCUACUACACGAACAAACUCGCCAAGGACAUCCUCCAAGAGAAUGAAGGAAAGGGGAUAAAGUUCAUACAUGCCGGCGUCAAGAUGUUUGUGAAACAGGACGUACCGAGUCCGGAAGUGUGUCCGUGGAGGAUCCAAACGGACGGAUUGAGAAUAUUGGAGACGUGGGUUGGACCUGAAAGAAAGAUCAGGUUGAGAAAGAAGGAGACGCUGCGAGAGUUGUUAUCUAACAUGUUCCCAAAGUUGUACGGGGAGUCAGGGGACAAAUUGGGCGAAGUGGGAGAGCAAGUGCGACAGAUCGGGAUGGGAUGCUGUGUGCUGAUUGCGGAGCCGAGCGAGAUGGAGGCCGAGCAAUCGAGCGACAGCGGAGGACAGGGCGAAGGGUUGGAGGAGAGAAUGGUUCUCCCGCUGUGGCAGUCUCGCCAGUCCCUCAACCUGAUGUUGCCCAAGGAGGAGAGAAUGGCGAUGAAGUUGCGCUUGUUCAACGACGACUCACCGCUGGUCAACGAGAGUAAAGGCUGGACCGAGGCACCCAAGCAAGAGAAGGCCAAUGGGCUUGCGGGCCACAAGGACGGCGGGUCAAAGGACCACGAUGACAGAGAUGGAGAGGAAAGGCAGCCGAGGAAGAAUAGCUCUUCACCGGAACUCGAGGCCUCCAAGUCUGUGCCUGUGGAAGAUAAUGCACCUGCGCUGGACUUGCAGAACGGAGCUGACGACGAGGACGCCGACAUGGAAGCCGGCGGAGUUACCAUCUCUCCUGCCGAGUGA